CUGCUCCAUUCCGUGGUGUUGAUGGGAGCAGCCUCGAGUCCAAACUGAUACCUCCAUUUUUUUCUCCCUCUCUCCCUUUCCUACUCUCCUUCCAGAUGAACUGAGAUGAAAACUAGGAAAGAAAACAAAGAAAGCAAGACAUUAGAGUCCAUCCCACCGCCCUCUCCAUCGGCCCUAUCCGAUUCUUCCUUCGCCUGAAAACAACCAAAGUUUGCUCCUUUUCCUUCUUCCUCAAGAUUAAAAAAGUAAAAUAAGAAAAAAACCUCUCUUUUUUUCCAAUUUGACCAAAACGCCUUCCUCUCCGCCUCGCUCUCCUCCUGUUCGUUUCUAGUUUUUUUCCCCAACCCAACCCCCAGAACCCUAGCUCUCUCUCCACACUCCCGCCAUGGACGUCGACCAAAACUCCAUCCCCAAAGAUCUCCGCUCCCUGCCCCUCAAUCGCGCGGCCAAUCCUCACUGCCUCGCCUCCCGCCAAAUCUUCUCUCCCCCAUCUGACCCCUUCCCCAACCCUCCUCCUCACUGGGCCCCCACCUCCGCCCCCAAUCCCCCAUCCUCCGCCGCCGCCGUCACUCCCCCUACUUCCUCACCUCCUUCCUCCUCCGCCGUCUCCGCCGGUUCCGCUGAAGGUAACUCCUACUCCAACAAAAAGGUCAAGUUUUUAUGCAGCUUCGGCGGCAAGAUCCUCCUCCGAUCCAGCGACGGCUCCCUCCGCUACGUCGGCGGUCACACCCGCAUCAUCUCCGUCCGAAAGGAUGUGUCUUUCGCGGAACUCAUGAGCAAGAUGUACGAGGUUUUCGGCGGUCCCGCUGUUGUCAAGUACCAGCUUCCCGACGAGGAUCUUGAUGCCCUUAUCUCCGUCUCCUGCCCCGAGGACCUUGUUAAUAUGAUGGAGGAGUAUGACAAGCUCACCUCCGCCUCGCCUGACGGCUCCGCGAAACUCCGUGUCUUCCUCUUCCCCCCGUCCGAGUCCGCGGACCUCUCUGCAAACCUCGCCGCAGAUGACACCCGACAGGGGUAUGUCGAGGCAGUCAGUAGGGUCACUGCCGAUGGUGGUGGCAGCGGAAGCGGAAUGUGGAGAAAGGGGAGUGUCGCGAGUGCUGGUUCCUCCACCCAGAAUUCCGACGGCACCAUUGGGGGCGAGGCUGGGGAGAACGCCAAUGAAGGUACGUCGCCCUCACUUCUUUCCCCUACUGUUCGUGCAUCUAAUGUUGACGCUUCGAAGUCAGUAUAUGUGGGCGAAACCCAUCCGGCCGUGUCUCCGGAUGCCCCGGGGCUUCUGGGGGUUAAUGUGUCAGUGCCGGGAUUGGGCGUUCCUGCUCAAAAUCCAACCUUAGUUCGGCCGGAGCAGUCUCCUUUGGCACCGUAUGUGCCGCAGGCAGCUUACUUAGAACCUCACCAACUUCAAUACAUAAAUCCUCAGCAAUUGGGAAUGAUGGGAGCGCCGCAAUCGGUAAAUUUAGCUUCUGUCGCGAUGCAUCCUUAUGCGCCCGGUGUGUCCAUCACCACAUCCCCUCCGGUUUCUCAAGGUGGUAGCUUGAAACCAAUCCAAGCAAUGGUGGAGCCUAGCUUGGAGAGACCAUAUGGAAGAAGAGCUGCGCAGGCUCCCUGUGAUCAGAAAUAUAAGGCUUUCCAGCCUUUGUCACAGCUCCCACCUUUGCCCCCUUCAUACCUGCCGGCACAGAAUACGGAGAUGUAUGGGCAGGCGGUGCCCCCUCCACUGCCGUUUCUGGCAUUGAGAUCAGAAGAUUGCUAUAUGUGCCAGAAAUCUCUGCCCCAUGUCCAUUCUAGUACACUAAUACAGGACUGUGGGAAUGGGUCCCAAGGAAGCACCCCUGAGAGUAGCCCAAUGUUUUACAGUCAACCAUCGGAGGAUGCAAGGAGGCAGCGGGCUCUGCAUUCAGCUACUAGAGCUUCAGGUGACAAUUUGGUGGAACCCAGAGCACAGAGCUCGGCUGCCAUAAGUCAGUUAGGGGGUUAUGGCUUUCCUCAGAUUCCUGAGGCACAAUAUGCCAGUGAGAAGUCAGGUGUUCAGAAGGUGGAUAAUCUUGAUCCUAUGAGAAUUUUGGGUAACACUGGUGCAAUUGGCUUAUCAGGUGAUACACAAGCAUCCAGUGAAAUGUUGUCGGGCACUCCUUCCCGAUCUCAUAUUGAGGACCGUUUUCAGUGGUGGUGGCAGCAGCAGCAGCAACAGUCAUGGCAGACUUUGCAAUCACCUCAGUAUCCAGUCAAGCAGGAUGUCAUCACCAGUGCUCCUGGUAUUGAUGCUAGUGCUGUUAAAAAUGGAAAUGUUCAGGCAGCGGAACCUGUGAUGUGGGACUAUGUGACUGGACACUCACAUGACUAUGGUAGACCUAUUGAUGGGAGGAUGGAGGCUCUUUAUUUAAGUCCGUCCAAGAAUUUGGAAACUAAUGAUCAGGGGAAAGCCUUUGUACACUCUAGUGAUGCAAAAAUUGAUGGCCCACCACUGGCUGUAGAGAAUGGUUGUAAAGUCAGACCUCAACCUGGAGAGAAUGCUUUGUUUAUUGGUAAUGACUUCGUGAAUUCUGGAUUUGUUUCCAAGGGAAAUUGUGCUAAACCAAUUGAGCAUUUUCCAUUUACCACUUCGGAUGCGACUUACUUGGACAAUCAUCAACCUGCUGGCACUAGCCAAGUGCCAAACAUCGUAGGAAACCACGGGCCCUUCCCUCACAAUCUUGGAGUAGGGAUUGAGCAUCCAAUAUCUAAUGGACAGUUCCUUGGGAUGCCUGCAUACUCCACUGGUAUGACCCCUGCUUACAGUGAUAAUAACAUUAUCCCUCUUGCUGAUUGGAAAGAUGAGGCCAUUCAACUUCACUCCAAGGAUAUGCCCAAUUACUUUGCUCCUCCUCCAAUUGGUAGUAUACCAUUUCCAUCAUUGAAUGCAACUAGCCACACUGAGCAUGUGGAAGCUUUUCAAGAACCAUCUUCGCCGGAUUCACUUUUCAGCAACCAGGAUCCUUGGAAAGUAUUAGGGGGUGCAUUGCCUCCAAGACCCAACAAGGUAGCUAGUAGGGAGUCUCUUGUCCUGAAGGAUCCACGCGAUGAAAACCAUUUGGGAAAGAACAAUGGGUCAAAUGCUGUUGCAUUACUAGAUGAAGGUAAUCUUCACCGCCCACUGGAUUCACCAAACAAGGACUUGUGCCAAGAACCUGUUCGACUCACAAAAGGCUCAAGAGAGGAGCACAUAAAGCAACAGCUCCAAGCUGUUGCUGAGGGUGUAGCAGCAUCAGUUCUCCAGUCAUCUUUACCUCCUGUGUCUGGGUUCGUUGCUCAUGAAGUGAAGGAAUCAACACCUGAAUUCGACAAAGGAGAGGCUGUUGAGGAUGAUGUAGGAUCACAAGGAGAAGUAGUUGAUCAAAAAAUUGAGGACAUCAAGGUCAAACAGGUGGACAAAAUAAAUCCUGUUGUUCAGAUUACAGAGGACAUCGGGCACCUGCAGAUAAUAAAAAAUAGUGAUCUUGAAGAGCUGAGAGAACUUGGUUCUGGAACUUUUGGUACAGUGUAUCAUGGAAAAUGGAGGGGAUCAGAUGUUGCAAUAAAAAGAAUUAAUGACAGGUGUUUUGCUGGAAAGCCCUCAGAGGAAGAACGCAUGAGGGCUGAUUUUUGGAAUGAAGCCCACAAGCUUGCUGAUCUGCACCACCCAAAUGUUUUAGCAUUUUAUGGUGUUGUUCUGGAUGGUCCUGGGGGAUCUGUUGCAACUGUAACAGAAUACAUGGUUAAUGGUUCUCUGCGACAAGCUUUGCAAGGAAAUGACAGGACACUUGAUCGACGUAAACGUCUUCUGAUUGCAAUGGAUGUGGCAUUUGGGAUGGAAUACUUGCAUGGAAAAAACAUUGUGCACUUCGACUUGAAAAGUGACAAUUUACUUGUCAACUUGAGGGAUCCUGAGCGUCCAAUCUGCAAGGUCGGUGAUCUGGGCCUAUCAAAGGUGAAGUGUCGUACCCUAAUUUCUGGUGGUGUGCGAGGAACACUGCCUUGGAUGGCUCCAGAACUUCUAAAUGGCAGCAGCAGUUGUGUCUCCGAAAAGGUCGAUGUCUUCUCAUUCGGAAUUGUUAUGUGGGAGCUCCUUACUGGGGAAGAACCAUAUGCUGAUUUGCACUAUGGAGCUAUCAUAGGUGGAAUUGUGAGCAACACGCUGCGACCUCCAGUACCUGAGACUUGUGAUCCUGAGUGGAGAAAAUUGAUGGAGCAAUGUUGGUCGGCUGAACCAUCAGAGAGGCCGACCUUCACAGAGAUUGCAAACAGGCUGCGGUCUAUGGCAGCAUCUCUGUCUCACAAAGGAUAAAAAUGAUUUCGGAUGCAACUUUUUUUUUCUAUGACCAGUAUUUUAUGACCUUUGGUGUUGGUUUGUCGAUUAAUCAGGCAGGUCUUGAGUUUGGGAAUUAAAAGGGAAGGAUUGCCACACUUUUGAAAUGGCCAUAACAAGGAGUGCUCUUUCCCUUGUAAUUCCCCAUAUAUUUUUCUUCCUUUGAUUUUGGUUUUCUCAUGGUUAAAAGUGCUUGCUUGUAUGGUCACGACCUCAGGGUGUUCUUUGUAAACCAUAAGCUUUUGUUACAGAAACGAUCGCACUGAUGAGCUGUUUGGACGUGUGAAAUACUAUGAAUUGGAACUUGAAAUUUACAGAUCUGA